GAGGACAGGGGUCACUGCUGGCAGGGCAGAAGACAGGGUCACUGCUGGCAGGGCAGAAGACAGGGCUCACUAUUGUCAGGGCAGAAGACAGGGUUCACUGUUGGUGGGGCAGAAGACCGGGGUCACUGCUGGCAGGGCAGAAGACUGGGGUCACUGCUGGCAGGGCAGAAGACCGGGGUCACUGCUGGCAGGGCAGAAAACAGGGGUCACUGCUGGCAGGGCAGAAGACAGGGGUUACUGCCGGUAGGGCAGAAGACAGGGGUCACUGCCGGCAGGGUAGAAGACCGGGUCACUGCUGGCAGGGCAGAAGACCGGGGUCACUGCUGGCAGGGCAGAAGACAGGGGUCACUGCUGGCAGGGCAGAAGACCGGGGUCACUGCUGGCAGGGCAGAAGACAGGGGUCACUGCUGGCAGGGUAGAAGACCGGGGCCACUGCUGUCAGGGUAGUAGACUGUUGUCACUGCUGGCAGGGUAGUAGACUGUUGUCACUGCUGGCAGGGUAGUAAGACCGGGGUCACUGAUGGCAGGGUAGAAGACUGGGGUCACUGCUGGCAGGGUAGUAGACUGGGGUCACUGCUGGCAGGGCAGAAGACCGGGGUCACUGCUGGCAGGGUAGAAG